CGGAAGAUGUCAUUUUUGUUUUUAAACGUAACUUCCGCCUUCUUGCCGAGUGACAUGCUGCACGUGUUUGACAAGUCAUUUAGGAGUUUGGAUGAGAUUAAACCUUAUUUUCGUGGCCUUGUGGGACUGAAGACAUCAUGCUACAUCACUAAUGGAGUGGUCCGAGUUGCUAAGCGAACGUCUUCGUGUUUCUGGCGGGAGAAACGAGGACUUUUAAAUGCUAGUCAAGCUAGCAGCUAGCGGUAGCCGAGUCCACAGACAUGCCCUGACAUGUGCCUACAGGAAGACAGCGAUUCAUAUUUAAACGGUUUAUGGUUACAUUAAAUAAUUAAGCACAAGUUUGAUGGAUUACCAGUUCCCUCAGCAGCUGUUCCCUUCGUUUUACAGCUGCGGACCACCGGAUUUAUCCCACAGGUAUUGCGCUGAAGCCGGAGGAUGGGGCUCAUAUCACGGAGUUUUACCUCAGGGCCGCGGUCCUCCGUCCAGCUGGACAUUUACACCCAAGCAUCAGGUCAGCAGUGAGACGUGGACUCAGACGGAGCCUGCGGUGGUCCCUCUCCUGCCUCCUAGAAGAGCUUUCCCCAGAAACGGGACGCCUCCAGACCCUCUAGACUUCACAGAGCAUAUGCAGAACUUCUACAUGGAUCACGGCCAGGACGCGUUUGGGUGCAUGGGCGACAUUCUGGGAGAACAUUUCUACUUCAGAUACAAACGGAAUUCAAAAGAGAAGUAUCGGCGAGGCUCCAUCAGCAUGUGGAAGGUGCAACGCUUUCUCAACAUGAUGAAUCAUCUAAAGUGUCUCCAGACCUAUCAGUCCUCCUCUCUGAACUCGUACUGCUGCCUGAUGUCAGACGUGAUCCACGAAGUCCCUCCAGACCUUCUGGGCUCCCUGCUGUACGAGGAGCUGACGGAGCAGAGGGACCGCAUGCUGUUCCCAGAGGGAGCCACCGGGGGCGCUCUGUCCUUCGUCCCAUUCUCACACGACAGAGGCUGCCUACUUUAUCCUGGAGGUCUGGGACAGAACCACCUCAACUUCCACAAGGUGAUGCUGCAGCAUCACGGUUUGGAUCUGAGCAGGGAUGCAGUCAGCUUCCAGCUCAAAGCUCCCAUCAGACAGAUCAGCAGCUCUUCUCUCUUCAGCGACUGUUGUGUGGCUGUGCGUUCGGAUCGUCUUUGCGGAGUUUGGAGGUUCAGUGAAACCAACAACCCUCGUCUGCUGCAGGUGGUCCGCACCAAGGAGGUUCUAACCUGCGUGAGCGCCAGUCCUCACAUUUUAGGUGAAGUUCUGGUGGCGAGUGAGAGCGGAGCGGCAAACCUGUGGACCGUCGGCAAAGGGCUGCAGAAGGUCUACGCUGAAGACACCAACUUGUACUUCAAUGCCAAGUCGUCGUGGAGAUGGUGCGAGUUUUCUGCUCAUCCCAGAGUGAUGCUGUAUGCAGAUCGGACGGGGGCGGAGCUUACCGACAUGAGGGGGAAUUUGACUUCUGGCCACACCCUGUUCCGUAUUAGCUCUUCUUUGGAGUGUCGGAGCGGGGAAAGACUCCUCCUGUCCAGGUAUCUGGGAGACGUUCACCCUUUCCAUCACCUCAUCACCACACAGUAUUCAGCAUAUAUCAUGGAUGAGCGCUUCCCGUGCACGCCCAUGCUCAAGUGGGAUCACAUGAUGAAGGCCCCGCCCAUCUUCUGUCACGUUGUUCCGCCAUCUGCUGCGUCUGACUCAGGGAAGGAUAAAACCACGAAGGUUUUGCUCGGCUCGCAGCGUUCUCAGGAAAUCAUGAUGCUUCAGUACUCAGGAGGACGAGUGGACCCCUGUUACAGUCGUGGUUCUGUUCAGGCUCUACUCCAACCCAAAGAGAGCCUCAAACACCUCCUCGAUCAGGUUCCUCACCGCCUGGACAUCGCCACCAAAAGGCUCUCUGCACCUGCGACAGGUCUGACUUGUAUCCGGAGAGAAGCACGGGGAAAAGGUCACAGCCAGGAGUCCUUAUGUGUCCUACAGCUGACGGAGGACGGAGACAUUUUCUAUCAGGUCCUGGAACACAAGCUGCAGACGAGGAACACGUCUGGAGCUCUGGCUUUAGGAGACGAACACCGACCAAACGUCAACAACCUCCCGGCGUCACGAGGAGGAACACCUGAGAGUCGUCCAGCAGAUUCUUGCGCAGUCGUCUCUGAGACGUCGAGCGACGAGGACGUCAUCGGUCCAACUCCGACUGAGGCUGUUCCUGAGUCACAGGGUUCUGGUUCUGAUUCUUCUUCUGAGGAGUCGGGAGGCAGAGAUCAAACGCUGAAGCUGAUGAAGCUGCAGGUCGUUGUUAAUGAUGAGCAGGAUGCGGUUUCGCCCAGUGGAAAUGACGCUGAGGAACGUGCCGAUGAAGAGGUUCGACGCUCCAGCCGCCAUGCUGAUGCGACUCCGGUGGAACUCAGAAGCAGGACUCUCCUCACCUGGAAACUUUGGCUCCAAAAACUGAUGCUGAAGAGUAAAGACAAGCAUUCAGGUGGCCCCAGAGCGGACUAUUUCAGGACCCAAACUAAAAGUCUGCUCAAACUUCCCAAAGAAGAUCCACGAAAAGCAACGGAGAAGGAAAAAGAGAAAGUCUCGAGGAUGAAGAUGAGGUCGUGCAUGUCGAGUCGCUCGCUGCUGCUCCACAGCUCCUCCUCCAUCAAGCCUCCCGAUGUGGUGCCACUGCCAGGUAUAGUGCACCCAGACGAGUGGAUAGAUGAGCUCAGCAGCCGUCUGACUGUCUCUUGGGAGGGUGAGGAAGCAUGGCGGGCCUGGUGGCAGGAUCAUCUGGGAAUGAACAGGGUGACGAAGGCGGAGGCUCUGCGGAGCAGGCGGAGAAGAGAGAAGGAGGCGAGGAGAGCCGCGGGUCGAUGCUUAGAGCUUAGCAGCAGCUUCACCUCCUCCAUCAGCUACCAGUCUGAUCUGGACGACUUCUCCAUCUCAGCCGGCUGGUCGUCCGCAGCCAGUCAGGGAGAGUGGACGGACGUGGACGAAGGGGAGGCCUUGUCCCAGCUGGAAACCUUUCUAAGGAAUGAAACGAACUCAACGCCUUCGAAACUCGAUGGAAGUCGCCCUCCCACCCCAAUCGCUACACCUGAGUGCUUUAUAGGGGACAACAAUGACCCUCAGACACCCAAAAGGCCACGCCCCCUUCCACCAACCCAACCAGGUAGUCCUGAGGCCACACCGACUAGUAAGAGGAGGACCAACCGUCCAGCCAGGGACUACCUGGACUCUCUGUUUGGGACACAGGACGACCUGUUUUCGCUGGACGGCAUCCCCCUUUCUAACACCGUCGACCCCUCCCCCCAGUUCCCCGGCUCCCAGUCCAUUCCUCGGAGAACUGCCGGGUCGAAUCGGGCCACAAACCUCUUUGGAUCGCUGGCGUCCUCUCAGUCGUCUCAGGCGGGGCGGGGGCUGUCCCAGGGGUCCGAGCCCAAGAAGAAGAGAUCUCGAAUGGGAUUCUGAUCCGGAUCAUUAUGAACUUGUAGAAGGGAUUUAUUCUGGGAUUUUAUGCUGGAAUUAGAACCUGCAGACUGGAUCUGAGGAGGAUGAAGCCGGAGGAGGAUCUUCAUCAUGUCUCCUCAGUGGUAGGACUCAAACUGUUCUUGCUUUCUGAGACUUUCUGAGUUCAUCUCAACAGUCGGUCAUCAUUUUCAGUCUGUUCCUGUCAUAAAAGAGAAUUUUAUUCUGAUUUCCUGGAACAGGAUAUUUAACGAAAUGAUGUAACUGUUGCUUCUGCUUGACGUUUUGACCCCAUGCUGUUUAAAAAAUGUUUUUAUUAGAUUAAAUAUUAACUUUUCUACUUUUGCAGAUUUCUAUAAAAGCGAACUGAUCUCAAUAAAAAUGCAUGAAAACAAAGCUAGUUUUAAUUUAAACAGGUUUAGUGUUUUCCUAACGUAAACUCAAGAGGUUAGAGGUCAGAUUUUUGGUGAUCCAUGGAAAUCUGGGCGUAGGAUUAAUGGUCCUUAAAGGACUUCAGAAACUAGUGACGGUAUCUUACUCUUAAUCUAGAAAUUGUGAGUUGGAGGUAGACAAAUUAGUUUGACACGCUUUAAAAUGGAGUUUCAAACCACUCGUCGACACGAUCGUGUCUUUGUUCAGGUUAAUUAAACAAAAGAAGAAUUUGGGGAGAAAAACAUGAACUGGGUAGAUUUUCUCUCACCAGAUCCAAGUUCUAGUCCCAAAAGUUAAGUGGGCAAAAAAAAAAGUCCAAAAGUCUUUGUUUCAAUUUUGUCAAGUCAAAAUCUUUAAAGGGACUUUACGGGGUUUUGAAUUUUUGUGCUCGUGAUUGCCCCCUCAGGCCAAAAGCGUAACGGCAGCUUCAAUAGUAGGCUCGUGCACGAGGCGCGCAUGCUGUACGUGCACACUCCUUAACGAAAAUAACAGCUGAGACAGUCCCGUGUGUGUGUGUGGCCUGGAGGACAGAGGACAGGAGAACGCGCAGCUAAAUAAUUAAAUAAUUUGGUUCUGUAGCUUUCUCUUCAGCACAGCCGACAAAGGUUUAUGAUGGGUCAGUCCUCCUGCAUGCUCAGAUCAUUCCCUUCCCUUGCUUGAAAAAUUGUUCCAAAAUGAAAGUUGAACCCACAUCUUUUUUAUCUGUGAAUUCAAUGCCGUUCGGCGAGUCUCAAAUGUUGGGCAUCUUACUGUAAAAAAUAUACCAUUAAUGUAAAAAAUAAACUCUAAAUAAACUUUGUUCACAUCCAGAAUCAAA